CCGGUGACUGGACGGACGACACAGUUGGGCUGCUCUUGCUAGAACUACACUCUUGCUGUUGCUGCUGCUGUUGCUGUCUGUUGCUGUCUGUGAUUUUCAUCAUCAUCAUCAACUGGUCAUCUCUCCUCUACUCCACUCCGCUUCCUCAUCCAUCCAUCUUCCUCCUCUUCCAUCCUCUUCCUCUUCCUUUGAAGACCGCCUGCCUGGGACUUGUCACUCUCCUCUUCACUCUGGAAGUUGUUAUGGACUGUUGUUGAGCCUACACAGCCUACAACAGCCAGCCAGCCAGACAGACACUCUUCUCAGAGUUUAAACCAACCAAUCACCAACCACCUACCCACCUAAAACCAACCAAUCAGAGCCAUGGGCAAGCAGAACAGCAAGCUCCGCCCCGAGGUGAUGCAGGACCUGGUGGAUAACACCGACUUCACGGAGCACGAGAUCACCGAGUGGUACAAGGGCUUCCUGCGGGACUGCCCCAGCGGCGCGCUCUCAUUGGAGGAGUUCAAGAAGAUCUACGCCAACUUCUUCCCUUACGGGGACGCCUCCAAGUUCGCCGAGCACGUCUUCCGCACCUUCGACGCCAAUGGCGACGGUACCAUCGACUUCAGGGAGUUCAUCAUCGCGCUGAGCGUGACGUCGCGCGGCCGCCUGGACCAGAAGCUCAAGUGGGCCUUCAGCAUGUACGACCUGGACGGAAACGGCUACAUCAGCAGAGACGAGAUGCUGGAGAUCGUACAGGCGAUCUACAAGAUGGUCUCCUCGGUGAUGAAGAUGCCUGAGGACGAGUCGACUCCAGAGAAGCGCACGGAGAAGAUCUUCAGGCAGAUGGACACCAACCGCGAUGGCAAGCUGUCCCUGGAGGAAUUCGUGGAGGGGGCGAGAAACGACCCGUCGAUCGUCCGACUGCUGCAGUGUGACCCAAGCAGUGCGGGGCAGUAAGCUCCCCCCCAACAGCCCCCCCACCCCAAAAGACCCCCAACGCCCCCGCUCAACGCCCCCGCCCGGGGCAAGCAUAUGACCUCGCCCUAUAAGUCCACUCUCACCCACCAACUGGACUCACAGCAUCCUACUGUCCCCCUCCCUCUCUGUCAAGACACUGUCACUCACUCACUCCCUCAGAGCGCCUCCGCGCCCCCGCCAACUCACCCCCACCAGGGGCAAAUUGAUGACGUCGCCCCCUACAGUCCCUAUGGCCACCAUGCAGUCCACCCACUCGCCUCAUCCACCGGUCACCCUCCACUUCCAUACAGUCUCAGUCGCUCUGAAUGGCGCUGUGUGAUCGCUAUGUGGACACCCCCCCCCACCCCCACCCCCCAAGCAUGGUGUCCACUCCUCAAAGAGACACGCACAGAUGAGCACGUACACACACAAACACACACACACACAGACACGCACAUAUACGAACUCAAAACAAACGCACACAUGAGCACGUACACACACAAACACACACACAGGGACACACGCAUAUACAAACUCAAAACACACACACACAUACUGUACAUACACAGAUAUGUAUAUGCACACAUCACGUACACCAGUGAGUGUUUGCACACAUGCGUUGACACAUAUGCUUUGCGUGCGCUCUCCUCUCAUGAGGAGAACACCAUCUGCACACAGUCAUGCGUGUGCAAGCACACACACAC